AUGGACGCUGGCGAGGCCCAAACGAAGCUGAUCGCCUGGCUGCACGAGGCCUCCGAGGCCUUUCAAAAAGUCCCUGGAUCAGCCGUGUUAAUUCGCUACAUCCAAUCGAGCUACCAGAACGAUCCCAUUCGCUCCGGCAUCGAGCUAGUUCUCUUCAUAUUCUUCGUCCGCUAUCUCUUGUCGCCCUCCUAUUCAACCCAGAAGCAGAAUUUCAUCAAACUCCGCGAUGAUGAAAUCGACGAGUUGGUAGAAGACUGGACCCCGGAGCCGCUUGUGGCUCCUCAAACAGCUCUUGAGGAGAUCGAGGCCGAGAGGUUGCCUGUGAUUGUUGGACCGACCGGCCCCAAGACCAAGCUCGCAAACGGACGCACCGUCACGAACCUCGCUUCAUACAACUUCUAUAACUUCAAUGCCAACGAACAGAUCAAGGACAAGGCCAUCCAGACGCUACGCACCUACGGCGUGGGCCCAUGCGGUCCUCCCCAAUUCUACGGCACUCAGGACGUGCACAUGAAGACCGAAGCAGACAUCGCCGCCUAUCUUGGUACUGAAGCCUGCAUUGUUUAUGCCCAAGCCUUUUCUACUAUCUCGAGUGUCAUCCCCGCCUUCUGCAAGCGCGGAGAUAUCAUUGUCGCUGACCGCGCUGUCAACUACUCCAUUCGCAAGGGUAUGGAGGCGUCCCGAAGCACCAUCAAGUGGUACAACCAUGGUGAUAUGGACGACCUUGAACGUGUCAUCCGGAAAGUGGUUAAGGACCAGAAGGGCAAGAAGUUGACGAGAAGAUUCAUUGUCUCUGAAGGCCUAUUUGAGAUCACGGGAGACAGCGCGGACCUGCCCAGACUCGUUGAACUGAAGCACAAGUACAAAUUCCGCAUCAUCCUCGAUGAGACUUGGUCUUUUGGCGUCCUCGGCCGAACUGGCCGGGGCCUUACGGAAGCGCAAAACGUCGACCCCUCCCAGGUAGACAUGAUUGCUGGCUCUCUCGCCGGCCCUCUCUGCGCUGGAGGCGGCUUCUGCGCCGGUGCCAAGGAUGUUGUUGAGCACCAACGUCUCACGGCAGCUUCUUACACCUUCUCAGCUGCUUUGCCAGCCAUGCUUGCGGUCACCGCCAGCGAGACUCUCAGCGUUUUGCAAUCUAACCCGGACAUCCUUACGCAGUGCCGUGAGAACACCAAGGCCAUGAGGGCACAGCUGGAUCCUCGCAGUGACUGGGUCGUCUGCACCAGCUCGCCCGAGAAUCCCAUCAUGCUGCUGGUGCUUAAGGCCGAGGUCGUCGCUGCGCGCAAGCUUACACGAGAGGACCAAGAAAGGCUACUACAAGACUGUGUUGAUGAGGUAAGCAAGCCAUUGACACAUGAGAUUCCAGAAGAAGACGGUGCUAACCGUGGUUUGCCCAUCAAGGCCCUUGCAAACGGGGUUCUCAUUACGCGCCUCAAGAGCAUGCCCAUUGCCAACGACCUGAACCCGAAGGAUGACAGCUGGCAGAUCCAGCCAGCGCUCAAGGUUUGCUUGACCACCGGCUUGCCCAGGAAGGACAUUGAGAAAGCAGGUGUCACGAUUCGACACGCUAUCACAAAGGUCAUGACCCGGAAGUCGAGCUCCAAGUCAUCAUAG